AUGAUAUUCGUCGACUACAGCGUCUCGUUUCGAGAGUCCCGUGAUGGUCGUACUGUUACGGCCACGUUUGAUCUACCGGGCAUCAAAAAACAUAAUGCCCAUGUUAGCUAUCGCGGCAGUCAUCUGACUGUGACAUGGGAAACAGUGAAAAUCACUGAGAUCGAUGAAGGAGGAACAUUGGUCAGGGAACGAGAGAAAAAAGAGUUUUCGAGGACUAUUCCUCUUCCAGAGGGAACCAAGUUUGAAGAAGUUGGUGCACGUAUGGACGAUCGUUAUUUGAUCCUAACGUACCCAAACAUGCGGUCGGUACGAGUGGAGCCUCGACAAAUGGGGCACCGGCAGGUUGAACCUCGUCGCAUAGAGCCCACGGAGAUCGAAGCCUCAGACGUGUAUGAAUAUUAG